CAGUAAAUUUGUGUUUUGUUGCGAAUUGGCAUUCGCGAUUUAUAUUUAUUAUGAAAAUAAAAUACUUUUACUUACAAAAAUGAUGAACAAUUUAUUUUAUAGUGUAGUUAUCAAUGCAUUCGUUGUCUGCACAGCUUCUAAAUUUGAGACAUAUGAUAAUACGUCUCAAAAAACCUUUGUUUAUAACACAUAUGGCUAUGAUAAACUAAUUGACGUGUCUGUUAAUAACACAACAACACAAAUAUUGGAUUUCUAUGAGGACUCCGAUUUGUACUCCGGCUACCCAACCAGAGUACACGUCAGCACAAAUAAAUCUAUAAAUGGCGUAUAUCCGCUGUUUGUUACAGCUGCACAACAGAAAAGUGUAUCCUCAUGGGAGCUACCUCUGCUGGUGACGACAAAACAUGGAGUGUUGCAAUUUAACGACAUGCAGCGUACUCUGUGCCCGCAUGACGCAGGACCUAAUAUAACAUCGCAAAGUCGACCCACAUUGACAUUAGCGACAUCUAGUCCAACUGAUGUAAAUGUUCGCAUAAAAUUGAAGAGAGUCAUGAAUUUCUAUUUGGAAGUGAAUAAGGAAGUGAAACUGAACGUUACACCAAGCACACCAAAAUACUAUUAUUUCUCAUUCGAUAGAGACCCGUGGAAUGUUAGUGCAAUUCAACGUGGUAUAUUACCUAGGUUUAACUACACAAUACCAAAGAGUGUGUUAUUAAAUAUCAAAUCGGACGAUGAUAUAUGUGCUACUAUAUCUAUUCAAAACAACUCAUGUCCAGUGUUCGACAAUGAAAAAGAUAUGUUAUAUCAAGGGUACCAUUUCACUAUGACUACCAAAGGUGGGAUUACCAUCACACAAUCAAUGUUCCCGAACGGUUUCUACGUAGUGUUCAUAGUGAAAGAGAGCGAUGAGGAGUGCACGGGUGUGAGCGAGACGGAUAGUGUGGGCGGGGCUAAUGGCAGGAUUAAGGCGUUCACUUUAACAGUUAGUACAGCGGCUACUACAAGUGACUUUCUUCUCGGGGCUCUAGCGUCACUUGCGCUAAUAAUACUAGUCGCUGCGUUGGCUCCGCUUGGGAAUAUGCUGACUUGUAGACAUACAGAAUUUAUAUUAAUAGAAGAGACAGUGGUGCCCUCUACCUCUCGCGAUAGUACAGAAACCGAGGCUGUUGUUAAGAAUAGUGAUGAUUCAGAUGCAGAAUCUGAAGAUGAGUUACAAGGAAGGUCCCUUCCUAUACCUUUAAAUGUGGCCGGAUUGAGUCGUAAGAGUAAAACUUGUAAUAGACGGUCGGAUAGAUAUUUCUGGAGUGCCCUUACUGUGGCGGUCGUGUAUGCAUUACCAGUGGUACAAUUACUAUUCACAUAUCAAAGGAUGGUGUUUCAAACCGGUGAUCAAGAUGUGUGCUACUACAAUUUCCUGUGCGCUCACCCAUUGGGGCCUCUGGCUGAUUUUAAUCACGUCUACUCCAAUAUUGGUUACAUCAUUUUGGGCUUAGCAUUUAUGGUGCAAGCGAGAUGCAGACAUGUGCGCUAUGGUGGUAAUCAGGAGCAAGGUAUACCCCAGCACCUGGGUUUGUUCUACUCAAUGGGUCUCGCGUUGGCCAUGGAAGGCCUCCUGUCAGCUUGCUACCAUUUGUGCCCUAAUAAAAUGAAUUUUCAGUUUGACUCAUCAUUCAUGUACGUAAUUGCUGUGCUGUGUAUAGUGAAACUUUAUCAAUCGAGACAUCCAGAUGUAAACGCAAGCGCGCAUGCCACUUUUAUGUUACUGGCACUUUUGAUGGCUAUCGGUUUCCUCGGCAUAAUGUAUCCAAGCGUAUAUUUCUGGGUGUUUUUCACCAUCAUGCAUCUGGCCGUGUGCUUUGUGUUCACUUUCAAAAUAUAUUACGUGGGGAGAUUUAAAAUGGAAUGGACGAUACCCCGCACAGCAGUUCGUUCUAUAAGACAGCACGGUUGGCUCGCUUUCAAGCCCAACUAUACGGCUCGAGCUGUUCUCAUUGCUAUAGCUAAUUUGGCGAACAUUGCAUUGGCUGCCUAUGGCCUCUACGAGCACAACAAGGACUUCGCUCGUCACUUGCUAGCCAUAUUAAUGGGGAAUACCAUAUUAUAUAACGGUGGUUAUGUGAUAAUGAAGUUAGUUCACCGCGAACGAGUACCGGCCGCGGGAUGGUUGUGGUUAGCACUAGCUCAUGUUGUAUGGGGACUGGCUGCUUAUUUGUUUCUGAGUUCGAGGACUAAGUGGUCGCAAACACCAGCCCAAUCUCGCACGCAUAACGCGCUAUGUGACGCCAUGGGUGUAUUCGAUACACACGACUUGUGGCAUUUAGCCUCUGCGGCGGCCAUGUUUUUUUCGUUCAACGCUCUUUUAAUAUUGGACGAACCAUUGGACAAUACGCCUAGGCAUUUGAUACCAGUGUUUUAGGUUAUAAGUGUUUUAUUUUUAAGUGCAAUAAAGUUUAAAUAAAUAACCUGUAUUAUAUGGGUUAUUUGCUGUUCUGGAAAUCUGCCUUACUCUUAUAACUCAGGGGUAUUCUCUGACCUAUCUGAUAUGCACACAAAGUUUCAUGAGAAUCGGUCAAGCCGUUUCGUAGUAACUUACAUUGUGACACGAGAAUUUUAUAUGUAUAUUAGAUAUGGAAAUUUUAACGUCUAUGUGGAUAGUGCUUUAUAUCUAGAAAUCUAUAUUUAAUAGUACUUUUUAUUACCUUGAGAAGUUAAGAGAGUGCUAUGAUUUGGAGUAAACAUAGUGGGAAAGUGAAAAAAUAAUAAAUAAAUAAA